ACACACAUUGUGUUCUUCAGUGGGAAGAACAGUGAAGUACCAGGCGUUUUCCCCCAAUAUUUUGAGCAGCAUAUGAUUUUCUGGCUAAGAAAACAUCGGAUGAACUGUGCAGCAAGAGACUUCGUGAAAAGCUGAUCUUAAAAAAUGUCUUCAGCAGACAGCGGUGAAGAGACUCAGACUUUGGUUCGGCAGAUGCUGAGAGAGCUCUUGUUGGGUAGAGAGGAUCCGCAGGGCUUCUUCGGGCUGUGCGUGUCCCUGAUGGGACACCACGACACCCGGGCACAGUUCCUGUCCCUCAUCCAGCCACUGUCCUCGGAACACAGCGCCCUACACUCCAACCUCACCUCCAUCUAUUUGGAGUACUUCUCCGUGGAUGAGAACGACGUGUUAGAAGCUACUCUGGCUCUCUCAAUGCUGGAGCACACAGACCGCCAGCAGAGGACGGCCAAACUUCCGUCAUCCAAACCUGGAGCUCAGGGUUAUAGACAUUCCCAGGCACAGCCAGUAGCCCGGGGUCACAUAGUGCCCCAGCCUCUGGUGGGGAGCUAUGCAAAGGUGGUAGUGGCAGGCAGCCAUGCACAGAUUCUGGGCUCUUUGAUAACCCCACACAAUGUAGCAUAUUGUUCUGCUGACUCACUAGAGUCCAAGCAUGAAAAAUCCAAAGAUGAUGUCACGACAGAAGAGGGACACAUGAACCAAUCAGAGAAGCCGAAGCGCUCCAGGAACCGGCGGCGGCGUAAAGGGUGUGGUCAGCAGGUGGUGGGUUUAUCCUACAACCCUUCAGCUCCUCCCCCUGUGCUGCUCUGGUUCCGCAGGGAUCUUCGUCUCUGUGACAACCCAGCUCUGAUUGGCUCACUGGAGGUAGGCGCACCUGUCAUUCCUGUUUUCAUCUGGAGCCCUGAGGAGGAGGAGGGGCCAGGGGUUACUGUUGCGAUGGGAGGAGCCUCUAAAUUCUGGCUCCACCAGGCGCUGGCCUGUCUCAGUUCCUCUCUGGAGAACAUCGGCAGCCAUCUUGUCUUCCGGGAUGCGGCAGGAGAGGGGUCGUCUCUGAAGGCAAUCAGGGGACUCCUUAAGGAAACAGGGGCGAAGACAGUGGUGGCUAGCGCCCUGUACGAACCCUGGCUGAAGGAGCGGGAUGAGGAGCUGGUGUCCACUCUGUUGAAGGAGGAGGUGGAGUGCAGGAUGGUCCAUUCCUACUGUCUGAGGGAGCCCUACUCUGUCAGCACUCAGGGGGUGGGACUACGAGGUAUUGGUUCAGUGUCCCACUUCACGAGCUGCUGUCAGCAGAACCCGGGUCCUGGUCUGGGAGCUCCCCUGGACCCCCCCUCCUCACUGCCCUCCCCCUCCCUCUGGCCUCAGGGCUGCCCCCUGGACAAGCUGGGACUGGCACGCAUGCCGCACAGGAAGGAUGGCACUAUGAUUGACUGGGCAGCUAACAUCCGUACCUCUUGGGACUUCAGUGAGGCGGGGGCCCAGGCCCGACUAGAGGCUUUCUUACAUGACGGUGUGUACAGGUAUGAGAAGGAGUCCGGCCGGGCGGACGCGCCCAACACCAGCUGUUUGUCUCCCUACCUCCACUUUGGCCAGCUCAGCCCACGCUGGCUGCUGUGGGACGCCAAGGAAGCCCGCUGCAGAUCCCCCAAGUUCCAACGCAAGCUGGCCUGGAGGGACCUGGCCUACUGGCAGCUCACCCUGUUCCCAGACCUGCCCUGGGAGUCCCUGAGACCUCCAUACAAGGCUCUGCGCUGGAGUAGUGACCGUGGCCACCUGAGGGCGUGGCAGCGAGGGAGGACAGGCUACCCUCUGGUGGAUGCAGCCAUGAGACAGUUGUGGGCGACCGGCUGGAUGAACAACUACAUGAGACACGUGGUGGCCUCCUUCCUUAUAGCCUACCUCCACCUGCCCUGGCAAGAGGGCUACCGCUGGUUCCAGGACACCCUAGUGGAUGCAGAUGUUGCCAUAGAUGCCAUGAUGUGGCAGAAUGGAGGCAUGUGUGGGCUGGACCACUGGAACUUUGUCAUGCACCCUGUUUCCGCGGCGAUGACCUGCGACCCCAGCGGCCACUACGUGAGAAAGUGGUGUCCUGAGCUGGCAAGGCUGCCUGACGAGCUCAUCCACAAACCCUGGGUGUGUCCGGCUUCCAUGCUGCGCCGCGCGGGCGUGGCGCCGGGCCAGUCUUACCCAGACCGCGUGGUAGAAGACCUGGAGGACAGGAGGACCCGCUCACUCCAAGAUGUGGCCCUGGUACGGAAGCGCUUUGGCGAAUACGUGGACCCCCACUCAGGAUGUGACCUCAUCCCUCUGCCCCGGCGCCUGCUCACCGAGGCCCUCGGGGUUUCUGAGGGUGGGGUGGCCAACCCCGGGAAGCAGUUCCUCCUGCCGGUCAUCACACGAAUGGAGUUCAAGCACCAAUCAGAUGAUCCAGAUUCGGACGCCGCCUCAAACCCCUACAACGCCGUUCUAAAGGGAUAUGUGAGCCGCAAGCGGGACGAAACCAUCGCUUUCCUCAACCAAAGAGAUUUCACGGCCAGUGUGAUGAACGAGGGAACAGAGAGGAGGGAGAGGCUUGAGAGGGACCAUCGGAAGAUGGAGGGGCUCCCUCCGCCCCCAGUCGCCCGAGGAAGGGCCAGGCCGACCCCCACAGCUAAGGACAGGUCCUUCACAGUGCCAGGGGGGGUCGGCACGGCACACAGAUGACCCCCAAAAUCAGGAGUGAAAGCUCACAUGUGCAGGUUGAGUUCAGAGACUUACCUAGAGUUUAGGGGCGUAGGGUCUGUUUUCAAACGUGGGCGGAACCGCUUCGUUUAUGACUCAGGGUGCGGCUGUUAAAUAAAGCUUUCUUAGUAAAAAGUGUGGUGGGGGGUGGGGGCAGAUUUGCUGUUUUCAAUGCUGUGAUGUCUCAUGUAUAAUGAAACCUAUGCUCCUGCUAUAGGUCUUUAUCUUUUUUUCAGGUUUAUGAAAGGGCUGCAUGUAGCUCAAAGGAAAUGUUUUUAAAUCUUUGACCAGGUUAUCCUGCUACAGGGACAACUUGCUGCACACACAUUUGGGACUCAUGUCCUUAAAAAUGUUUUUAUUCAAACAGUCCUUCAGUGAACACUUAAUGCUGAAACUACAAGAACUCAAUUUCUCUUGUUCUCAGGGAAAUUAAAGCUGCAUUAU